UCCUUCUCAGAUAAUGUUCCUCUGCCCUCCUAUGGCUUCCCACAUUGUAUAAGAAAUUUGAUAGUUUUGGAGUGAUGUUUUAAGUAUUGGGAAGUGCCCACGUUCUAAAGAGGCUGUGUUUCUGGUUGCUACAGGGCAGAGGAACCAAAAAGGGGUGGGAGAAGGUUAAGAGAUGAGACAAGCGCAGGAGAGCCCGUGGUCUCGGUGCAUGCGCUACCCUGGCAACAUCAAGUCUUGGUUAAUCCCUGCGUUUUGCCUCCUACCCCUGGCUGCCCAGGGGAGGGUCUAUGAGACAGGUGAGCUGGCAGCAGCCGUGAAGCGUCUUGGACUGAAUAACUUUUGGGGACACAGCCUGGAACUCUCCUCUCGAGGCUUCCAGGGGGCACAAUCAGGGAUCUUCCAGACCAACAGCUGCUGCUGGUGCAAUGGUGGCAGGACGCUGAGGGCCAAGCACGUGUGUGAUGUCCCCUGCUCAGCUGAGCUCAGUUUCUGCAGAAGCCCCACGGGCAUUGCUCUGGAGUCACCAGCAGCUCAGAGGGAGCUGGUGGGCUUAUCCAGAGAUACAGCACGAACCCACGGCAGCAUGCAUCUCUGGCUUCGUUCAGCUCGGCAGGCAGGCACGCUCCCUGCUCCGAAGUGA